CUCCAACCCAUCCCAAUUCCCUUCCCCCGUGGAAAUAGACUUCUUCCCCUCUCUCGAUCUCGCAGGCCUCCCUCGAUGUCCAGCAGCCGCGGCGACGCGCUCCUUGACUCGGCGCCGCUGCUCGGCGGCGGCGCCGGCGGGGGGCAGCGUAGAGGCAACGCGCUCCGCCGGCCGUCGCUGCGCGGCGCCGCGCGCCUGCUGCGCCGCAGCGGGCGGCGUGCGAUGCGGGAGCCGUCGAUGCUCGUGCGGGAGGCGGCGGCCGAGCACCUCGAGGAGCGGCAGGCGGACUGGGCCUACUCCCGCCCCGUCGUGGCGCUCGAUCUCCUCUGGAACAUCUCCUUCAUCACCGUCGCCGCCGUCGUGCUCGUGCUCAGCCGCAACGAGAAAUCCCCCAUGCCGCUCCGGACCUGGGUCGCCGGCUACGCCCUGCAGUGCGUCGUCCACAUGGUCUGCGUCGCCGUCGAGUACCGGAUGCGCCGAAGCCAGCGCGGCGGGGCCCCGGCGCCCGCCGACGAGGAGAGGGGCAGCGACGGCUCGUCCUCGUCUAGCGACGAGGAUGCCAGCGAGCACCAUCUUCGUGGUCGCGACACCGAUUACGUCAGUUUGGCAAAGCAUCUGGAGUCUGCAAAUACAAUGUUCUCCUUCAUAUGGUGGAUAAUUGGAUUUUACUGGAUAUCUGCCGGGGGUGAAGAGGUUAUCCGUGAUGCACCUCAACUAUACUGGCUUUGCAUAGUCUUCCUGGCGUUUGAUGUGUUCUUUGUUGUUUUCUGUGUCGCUCUGGCUUGCAUUAUUGGUAUUGCCGUUUGUUGCUGCCUCCCUUGCAUUAUAGCAAUUCUGUAUGCUGUCUCUGAUCAGGAAGGAGCAUCUGAAGAUGAUAUUCGCCAAAUUCCGAAAUAUAAAUUCCGUAGGAUGGAUGAACCUGAAAAGGAUUCUGCUGAUGCCACUGAGUCUUCUGGUGGAAUAAUGAUAGAGUGUGGCACCAACCAACCUAUAGAGAAAGCACUUGCAGCUGAAGAUGCAGAGUGCUGCAUUUGCAUUUCAGCAUACGAUGAUGGUGCAGAGCUGCGUGAACUCCCUUGUGGCCACCAUUUCCACUGUGCCUGCAUUGACAAGUGGCUGCACAUCAACGCAACAUGCCCCCUGUGCAAGUUCAGUAUCCGGAAGGGCGGCAGCAGCAGCGGUAGCGAGGAAGUAUAAAUGUAUCCCACUUGAGAAUGCCAUCGGUCCGACUUCACGCCUGAGUCCUCGCUAAUGUGGUGUAAAUUUUUGUAUCCCAAAUGUGCUGAUAGUGUCAAUCAUGUCAUGUCUUAAAGGUGACUAAAGUGCUGUCCAUAUUACAGAAUUAGUUCUGGGGUGUAUCUCUGCAGUUCGGACUAUAUGCUUAGUUACCCAGUGGGCUGUAUAAUUAUGUUUGAGCGAUUCAUGCUAUAUCCCCAUACCUGUUUGUGUCAAA